AUGCUCGAACGAACCAUUGUAUGCUCCAAGAACAUGCAUCUGGUUCGCCCGGCUCUUCGGACGAAGACCAUGAAGCCAUACUUAUUAAAGCAGCGUCUACAAAGUACUGUUGUUUCGAGUGGCCGACCCGUUAGAAUUGCUAUUGUGGGGUCUGGACCCGCUGGCUUCUAUGCAGCUGCACGCCUUCUGAGCAAACAGCAAGAUGCCAUUGUGGAUAUGUAUGAGAAGCUUCCAGUCCCAUUUGGAUUGGCUCGAUACGGAGUAGCUCCAGAUCAUCCAGAGGUGAAGAAUUGUGAAGAUAAAUUCAAUGAGGUUGCCUCAUCUCCGCGCUUCAACUUUAUUGGUAAUGUUGAUAUUGGAAGUGACCUUCCUCUUGCUGCACUCAAGCCUCAUUAUGAUGCCAUUCUUUUCUCAUAUGGAGCGUCCAAGGACAAGGAGCUUGGCAUUCCGGGAGAAAAAGCCCUUAAAAGUGUGCAUUCAGCUCGUGCUUUCGUGGGUUGGUAUAACGGCCUCCCUGAGCACCGCGAUCUUGAGCCAGACUUGGUGAGCGGCGAAGAUGCUGUCAUUAUUGGUCAGGGUAAUGUGGCAUUGGAUGUUGCUCGGAUUCUGCUCUCUGAUGUAGAUGCUCUCAGAAGUACGGACAUCGCAGAUCAUGCACUGGAAACUUUGUCAAAGAGUCGAAUCAAACGUGUGAGAGUUGUCGGUCGUCGGGGACCAUUGCAGGCUGCAUUCACUAUCAAGGAAGUCCGAGAGCUUCUCCAGCUACCUUCCGUCUCAUUUGACCCAAUAUCCAAAGGCUUGCUUCCUCCAGAAGAUAUCGUCAAUGGACUACCGCGGCCGCAGAAGCGACUCAUGCAGCUUCUCGCGAAAGGCUCAGUGAAUGAUCCUCAAACUGCAAGCAAAUCAUGGUCGCUGGAUUUUCUUCUCUCUCCGGAAUCUCUCCACUGGUCUCCAAUGCACCCCUACCACCUCACUCAUACAAAGUUCCUCCGCAACGAGCUCGAUCCCUCUGACCCUCACAGCCCCACUGCCAAAGUAUCGCCAAAAUUAUUGUCCAGUGGCAAGAAGGCUUAUGUCAAUCUAUCUUCCAGCAUCUUCUUCCGUAGCGUCGGCUACAAAUCCCUUCCCCUACCCGGGCUAGAGGAUCUUGGAAUUGAAUUUGAUUCCCAACGCGGUCUCAUUCCCAAUGAUGGAUUCGGCCGAGUGAACAAGAAGCUCCUGGAUAACUCCUUAAUAUCCCACCUGCCCGGAUUAUAUUGCGCUGGAUGGGUCAAGCGAGGUCCAACUGGAGUCAUUGCCUCGACCAUGACGGAUGCAUUCACCACAGCGGAUACCAUUAUUCAGGAUCUCACAGCAGCUGGCACCUCCAAGUCAUUAAUCCAUGCUCCAGGGCAGAGCAGUGGUCUCGGUUGGGACGGAGUCAAGUCCGAAGCAGAAAGCUGCGGUCUUCGAACAACUUCCUGGCAAGACUGGCAACGCAUCGAUGCCUUAGAGCGCGAACGAGGCCAGAAAAAUGGCAAGGUCCGGAGUAAAUUUGGGCGUGUAGAAGAAAUGCUUGACGCUCUGAAUUGA